AUGCCGUCCCUGCUCGAUGCCUUGCGUGAGGCCAGCCAAGUCGACUGCGACACCCUCGACUCCCAAGUGGCCGAGAGGCUGGGCCCCUUUGUCGACUGCACGUCAAACCAGGCCAUUGCAUUCUUUGAGCUGUCGAGGCCCGUUUCCGGCGAUUCCCGCCUCCAUCACGCGGAGCUGAUCAAGUCCGCCAUCAGCGAAGCAAACGGCCCGUUGCAACGGCUGCAAGGCCUCCUUUCCCUGGAGGCGUUUGCCGUCGAGGUUUUGAUGGUUAAGCUGCAGCUGCGGAUCGCGCCAAAUGUGACGGGCCGCCUUCAUGUGCAGACGAACCCCAAGUUUUCCUACUCAACCGCGGCAUCGGUGGAAAAUGCAGAGAGAAUCUUGGCCAUCUUUGGCGCUCUGGCACCCGACCUCGACCCUCGGAAAGUGUGCAUCAAGAUCCCGGCUACCUGGGAGGGUCUCCAGGCGUGUCGAGCCGUCGAGGCAAAGGGCAUCGCUACGCUGGCCACGACCAUGUUUUGCAUGGAGCAGGCGGUCCUGGCUGCUGAUGCAGGAUGCACCUACAUCGCGCCCUACGUCAACGAGCUCAAGGUGCACUUUGAACAUGGCUUCGUCGACGACCACAAGGCGUUUGACCUCUGCCGCGAGGCUCAGACAUACUUCCGCGACAACGCACACCGCACCCGUGUGGUGGCGGCGUCACUGACGUCGGUGGACGAGGUCAUGCAGCUGGCAGGCCUCGACCACAUCACCGUCUCCCCGGGCUUGCUGCACAAACUUGCCGCGAGGGACGCUUCCUCUUGGAGCGGUUCUCCGGGGGCAUACGUGGCCGCUGACCCGGACAAGCCAAGGGCCCAGUAUCGGGAGCUUGUGGCAAACGAGGCGGCGUGGAGGCUCGCCUUUACCCGGAGCGGUUUCGGCACCAGCGAGGGCAAGAUGGUGCAGGUCAUCAACUACUUUGCCGACUUUGACGAGAAGCUCGAGGCUCUAGUGAAGCAGCUCUCAGAACCAGACGAUGCCAUUUGA